GUUUCCAUAACGUCAGACAUGUUGAAGUUUAUAUCCUAAAAUAAAAAGAGUCCACCAGAGCAAACCUGCUGCUGCUAAUGUUGAAACACUUAGAUCAGAUCUGAUAGAGACAAAAACUAACACCUUCAACAACAUCCUGUAUCUCAUGACGUUUAAAGUCAAAUUUAUCCUGAUGUGUGAGGCAGAAAAAACGUUGCAACAGCUUUUGUUCAUAGAUUUGGCUGCUUAGUGAAACUAACACUUCACUGACCACAGAUAAAGUCAUAGAGUUGUAUAUGAGAUAUAUUAGUUUGUAUGAGAAAAACCCAAAGCUGGACAGCAAAACUUGCAAAUAUAACCAAGAGAUGACUGCAGUCUUUUUUUAUUUUUUAGGGGUUUUUUGCAGAAAGAUAAAAACAAAAAGAGCAAAGUUCAAACAUGGAACAGAGUGAAGUCAUGAUGAGGAAGUAACACCUCACAAACCACAAAGAUCCUCAUUUUCACCUCUUGCCUCUUUAGACUCUCAUUCAUUUCUGAUUGUCUGCAAGAGAGACAGAGAGGAGCAAUGAUCACUGCUAGAGAGAAACAAACAUCUUUAUUUGUAACGCUGAUGCUUUACUUAACAGUGGUUCAACAAAAACAGAAAGAUAAAAUCAUCCUAACCUGCUCUGUGAUGGAUUUUAACUACUGCAGAUACACAGUGAAGUGGCUGAAUGAAGGUAGAGAGGAAAUGUUGUCAGACAUGGAGGAAUCGGAUCAGUCCUGCUCUGCUACUGUAACGAUUCCAGCAUCUGACAGAAACUGGAAGUUAAACUCUGAAAACUUAAAGUGUAAAGUUACAAAUAGUUACAGUAACAAAGUGCAGCUGUUUAACUACAGGAUUCAGUCCUCUGGUGGAAAAACAGAUAAAAAUUCAACAUCCAAGACAACGACCACCACACGACCAGCUAGAGCUACAACAACAAGAAUGUCAACAACAACAAAAAUAACAGCAACAAAAUUACCUGCAACUUUAUCAACAGUAACAGCAGAAUCAAACAAAUUGACGUCUAUGGCAAUAAAUUCAUCUACAAAUGUCAAUUUCUCAAAACAUCCAGGAUGUGUUUGGUCGCUCGUUAUCCGUCCUGUGUGUUUGGCAGCGAUGAUAGUAACUGUUCUGGUGAUCAUCAGAUGGACGAAAACUAAAGGAAAUAAAACAAUAGAAGAAGAAAGUAAAACUGAGGAUGAGGAUGAUCUCACACCAAAGAGGCCAAAAACACCCAGAAACAAACCAGAACUCUCAGUCAUUUCUGAUUGUCUGCAAGAGAGACAGAGAGGAGCAAUGAUCACUGCUAGAGAGAAACAAACAUCUUUCUUUGUAACGCUGAUGCUUUACUUAACAGCAGCUGAUGGACCUCAUUACUCAGCAGUCAGAGAUGGUGAUAAAGUCACUUUGCCUUGUGGAAAUGUGAUCAACAUUAGGAAUCACUGUAACAGCAUCACCUGGAUCUUCACUAAGAACAGCAGAACAUCAACACUGUUUGAAAAAGGACAGAUUCAUGAAGAUGCAGCAGCUAAAUCAGACAGACUGAGCGUUACAUCAGACUGUUCUCUGGUUAUAAAGAAAGUCUCAGUGGAGGAUGUUGGUCAGUACAACUGCAGACAGUAUAUAAACGGACAACAAAGAUCAGACUCUGACAUUAUACUGUCUGUUAUUCAAAUGGUUAAACAAAAACAGAAAGAUAAAAUCAUCCUAACCUGCUCUGUGAUGGAUCAUAACCACUGCAGAUACACAGUGAAGUGGCUGAAUGAAGGUAGAGAGGAAAUGUUGUCAGACAUGGAGGAAUCAGAUCAGUCCUGCUCUGCUACUGUAACGAUUCCAGCAUCUGACAGAAACUGGAAGUUAAACUCUGAAAUCUUAAAGUGUAAAGUUACAAAUAGUUUCAGUAACAAAGUGCAGCUGUUUAACUACAGGAUUCAGUCGUCUGGUCGAAAAACAGAUAAAAAUUCAACAUCCAAGACAACGACCACCACACGACCAGCUAGAGCUACAACAACAAGAAUGUCAACAACAACAAAGAUAACAGCAACAAAAUUACCUGCAACUUUAUCGACAGUAACAUCAGAAUCAAACAAAUUGACGUCUAUGGCAAUAAAUUCAUCUACAAAUGUCAACAAUUUCUCCAAAACUCCAGGUUGGUCUAUGUUUUAUAUAAUCGGUCCAGCAGUUACCAUAGUAACUGUUCUGGUGAUCAUUGGAUGGAAGAAAACCAGAGAAAAUAAAACAAAAAAGGAAAAAGAAAGAGAAACGGAUCCUGAGGACGACAUCCACUACGCCAAAAUCAGUCAGACCAAAAAGACCAAGGAAAAGCCAAGAGUCCCGGACACUGUGACAUACAGCACAGUGAAUUCUUCUUCUUCUUCUUCUGCUCAGGCUGCCGUCGAUCUUGACCAUCUCUACUCUACACUCAGUAAAUAAGUGAGAUUAGAUGUUGUUUAAUAAACCAUUAUUUCCAACAACUUUAAUCUAGAUAAAACUGAAAGUGACAGAAUGUUUUCGAGAACAUCAAUGAGCGCUGAGGCCCUCUAGUGGAGAGAAGCAGGAAAUGUAAACUCUGUAGAAUUCACUUUAUUGUAAAAUACCAGAAACAUUGAAGGCUUGUGCAUAAUAUCUGCUAAUGGUUUGUUAGACACGAUCUCCAAGGUCUAUGUUCUUCUGUGCUUCAAAGUUCAUAAUGUUUGACUAUUAUGGUAUAAAUAUCUGUGAACUUUUGUGGUUUCACACUUUGAGAGGAAAACAGAUGCUGAAUUUUUCCAUAACGUCAGACAUGUUGAAGUUUAUGUCUUAAAAAAGAAUCCACCAGACUAAAACCUUCUGCUGCUAAUGUUGCAACACUUAGAUCAGCUCAAAAAUAGACAGAAACUAACACCUCACCAACAAUAGAUACACCUACUGUACAUCCUGUUGGUCAUUUCUAGUGUCAAAUUUAUUCUUAUACACAUCAAAACUUUCCAGUUGUGCAUCAUCAGACAGGAAGAUCUCUUUCUGCUACAAAAGCCUAACACCUUUUCUUUCUCAUGUUUUCCCCAUUCUUUUCUACAUUUUUAAAUGUUUUGUUCCAGAUUUUGUGUCCUACAUUUUGAUACUAAGAUAGCCUAGACAUAUGGUAUGCAGCUUUUAGCUAAAUGGAGAAAGAACAGAUGAUGGUAAGAUUAUUUAGAAAAGGCUCUUAAACCCAGAGUCAGUCACAGUAAAUGAUCACUAACACUGAUCCUGGUUCUGAUGGAGAUUCCUUCCUGUUAACUCAGAGUCAUUCCUUCCCUCUGUCGCCUCAUGCUUGAUCAGGAGGAGGGAUUGCUGCAAAAUGAAUGCUGACCUGCCUUUUAUUAUUUAACCAAUCAGCUUUAUUGAGUGAAUGUUACUGCUUUGUAUUAUAACCAGGACUGAACUGGAACGAAUGUAAUUGUAACAGUUAUUUGAUCAUAUGUUUCUGAAAAUAAAUUGGGGAUUUCCUUAAUGUGUAAAA